AUGGGUCGUGCUAACAACAACGGGAACGCUAACGGUUCUACAACUCAAACCAUCUCCCUUCCUGUAAAUACAUCCGUUAGAAUAUCAAAUACCACAACUUUAUCAUCAACGCCAAAGCAAAUUCAACCUUCCAUAUCACAAAAUAUUUUAAAAUUACCAAAUCAAUAUCAUAAACCUCUUACCAACACCGCUGAACAUUUAACGAAUCAUACGAAUCAUGGUGUACAAAUUACGACGACAAAUGUUAUCCUUGAUUAUCUCUUAUUCUUAUCAAUAAAUGCUAAAAUUGAUCAGGCUAAAACUGAAUUAAGGGCUGAAGGUCAACAGCAACCAUCCUCAUUUCAUAAUAAAAAAGGUCAAGGAGUUGAAGCCAUUGUUGAUGGUUUAUUACAAUCUCAUCGAACUCAAACUUUUUCCGUGUUAUUACCUUUAUCGCUUAAACAUCGGUUAUAUUUAUGUCAAUUGUUACACCUGAAAUCUCCGAAACAACGAGCUCAUAGAUUGCCAACAUGUCUCUCCAAGUAUGGGAAACAUUUCAAAAAUGCUUUACUAUCAAGGUGUCGAAAACAUAGAAAAAGUAUAUGUGUUGCAUGUCAACAGCAUCCAAAAAAUUCAAGCAUCACACCUCCAAUGUCAAGACGACGUAGUACACCACCUAAACCAAUUCCAACACGUCGAACAGCUCCGGGAUUGAUUGAUGCGAUUCCUGUAUUCCUUAAUACAAGUGCGAUAACAUAUCGAUUGGCUCAUGAGCAACUUGAUUUCGAACACCAUGAAUCAAUGACCGUUAGCCAAACGUGGUAUGCAUUAUUAUUGGACUUGUUAACACAAGCCGCGAUCGAAUGUUAUUUUUGUGAUUCUUAUAGUUCAAUGGAUACUUUAUUGGAAAUAUUCUCUUACGGUGAUAUUGAUCCAUCUGAUUACCAUUCGGAUGUUUCGGAAAGUGAUGAUGAUGAUCCUCAUUUUGCUGCUACCCGUGCCGAUGAUUAUUUACUAUGGCAACGUACGGCAUAUUUAGAUGAAUUUCGUCAAAAGAAAAAGAUCAGAAUGGAGGAGGGAAAACUUGAGGAACAUCUUGAAAAUUUGGCCAAUAAAUAUUCUGUUAGAAAUUUUGAAACGGGAAUGUUAAAUUAUUGUCAAAAGGUAACGGGAUGUUUAGACAUUCCUACAUUAACGAAUUAUAAUGAUUUGCCAGGUGAAAUUAUUCCCGGGGAAUAUCAUGGAGGAAUUGAUAUACCAAUGAGUGACGAGGAGGAUACGGAGGAGGAUACCAAUUAUGGUCAUGAUCGAGAUUUACAGUUCGAGGAUGAUAAAGAUGAGAAUAAUUUAAAGAAGCGUCGUUUAUCUGAGAGCGACGGUAGUAAAUCUCAAGAAAUUAAGAAAAAGAAAAAUGAUAUAUAA